AUGGUCCAGCCGGGCGUCGAGGGCCUGGGCACGCCGCGCACUGCCAUCGGCGACGCGACUUUUCUCGACCGCCAACCCGACUUUGACUUGUCGCAAGAGCUCUCCUUCCACUCGCCCUCUAAAGAUGCAAACAUUGCCCAGCAACUCCGAAAUGGCAACCGACCGAACCUUUCGACACCACGGGGCGCCCCUGCUCCCCGUGCUCCCUUCACGAACCGGCGCAAUGUCCAAGCCAACGGCAACAUCAAUGUGGGCGGUCCAGAAUUCACACCCCUCCUCAAAUCAGCCACGAGAAACAGUGCAAGGCGCCUGCCCGGCAAGGAGAAUGGCCGGACGACACCGAAUUUCUUGGAGAGGAUAGACGAGGACAUCACGCCGUUGCCCAAGCUCAACACCUCAGUAUACAGCUCCUACACACCUCUACCAAACGAUGCGACCGUUUCCAGUACAGAAGUGACGACACCAAUCACCAUAAGGCGGCGAGGAGGCGAUAAGGGCCCUCUGGCUGCCGGCAAUCAACUGUCACUGCGCGAGCAAGAGAAUGUUGUCAACAAGAUAGAGAAGGAAAACUUCGGUUUGAAGCUCAAGAUUCACUUCCUGGAAGAGGCGCUUCGAAAGGCAGGGCCGGGGUUCAGCGAGGCUGCGCUCAAGGAGAAUACUGAGCUCAAGGUUGACAAGGCUACCAUGCAGCGGGACCUCCAGCGCUACAAGAAGACCCUUACCUCCGCCGAGAAGGAACUCGAGAAGUAUCGAGCCCAGAUGAUGGAAUUGCAAGAGAAGGCGACCAAGAAAUUCUCAGACGGGAAUCAGCUUGCCGAACUAGAGCGCUUGCGGCAGUUGGUGGAGGAAAAGGAGGCCGAGAUACGACGCCUUCAACAACUACUCGAGCAUGGCCAGGGCCAGGGCCAGGACCAGAACGAGAAGCUUGAAGAGCUACAGGAGCAUAUCGCCGACUUGGAGCAUGAUAUUCGACAAAAGGACCUAACCAUCGACGAACAUGAGGAAGAGGUAGAGGAGCUGAGGGAAAAGGCCGCUGAGUUUGAGGAGCAACUAAAAGAGGCUCAAGAACGGAUCGCCGAGUUGGAGGAGAAAGAGGACAAGGCACCAUCCAGCGAAGCGCUACAAGAGGCCCGGGAAACCAUCGAGGAUCUUCAACACGAAAUUAGGCGUCUUGAGCAGCAAUUAGACGACAUCAAGGAUAAGGCGGAAGAGGCCAUCACACAGAAGGAGAGGGCGGAGGCGAACUUGCAAGAAUUGCAGAACGAGAUGGCAAACAAGUCGGUCAUGACCAAGGGCCUUUCACGACAGGUCGAGGAAAAGGUUGCCCGCCUCCAAAGCGAACUCGAAAAUUCCCGACAAGAGUGCCUGACGAUAGCACAACAGCGCGAUGCGCAGUCCGCCGAAGUUGAGAACCUCAAGUCGACCCUUCGCCAGGUGCAGCAGGAGCGACAAUCACUCGAGCAAACUCGCGCAUCCAUGGCAGCUAGGCUGGAACGGGGGCAGGCGCAACUCGAUCAGCUUUCCAGCGAAAAGCAACUCUUGCAGGAGCGCCACGAUGCCAUGGCGAACGAAUCUGCCUCUUUGCGGCGCGAAAUGUCCGGUUUGCAGACUGCAGUCUCAGCGCUCGAACUUAAUAUGGAACGUGAACGGCAGAAUGCGCUUAACAUUGAGCAGAACAUUCGGGCACAGUACAAGGACGAGAUGGUCCGUCUAAAUAACCAUACUCUCGGUGUCGAACAGAACCUACGGGCCCAAUACGCGGAGGAGAUGAAGCGUCUGAACAACGAAAUCUCCGAUCUUCAGGCCGAAUGCCGCGAAAAGGAUAAUCUGUACGAUAACGACAGUGAGAAGUGGGAAGCUGAGCGUCGACAACUGCAAGCGGAGCUGAGCAGGGCCCAAGAGCGGGCUUCUGGCCUCCAAAUGUCACUUGAUCAGCUACAGCAGUUAGAAGGGAACCUUUCCAACAAGGAGGCAAGGAUGCAGCAGGCUCUCCAGCUAGAAAAUGAGCGGCACAAGAGGGAAGAGGAACUUCUGAGCCGGCAGAUCCAAGAACUGCAACAGAACCUUCAGUCUCGUCAGCAAAUGCUAGAGGAUCUUCGAAAGGAAAUGCGCCAAGUGCAAGACCAACACCGCCAGACCCAGCUCGAUUACCAAGCACAGACGGACAAGGUUGCGGCGCUGGAGGAUGAAGUAGAGGUCCUGCAGGCUGCUCUGGAUGAGGAGUCUGAGAGAGCCGAUCAGGAUCUCGAACAAGUGCAAAAAGAAUGCGACGAUCUCAAGCAGAAACUUGCUUCCGCCCAGGCCACAUCGAAUGGUACUAGAGCUUCGAUGAAUGCCUUGGGUGCCAAUGCCCAGCCGUACAAUGAAAAUGCAGCGAGUUUGAAACUUCAGCUGGCGGAUGCCAGUGAGAAUCUGGCUCGGAUUACGAGAGAAAAGAAAUUGCUGCAAGAACGGUAUAACAAUCUCGACGCCGAGGCUCGCUCCCUGAGGAUAAACCUAUCUCACACCACGGCCGAACGUGACGAGUUAGAGGCGGAACUUCAGCAACAUAAGGACCAAGGUCCUGACCAGGAUACAUUCCAACUUGACCAGGAGAAGCUUAACUUGCGCUCCGCGAAGACAAGGCUGGACAAUGAAGUCCGUAGGUUAAGAGAAGAGAACCGGUCUCUUCUUGAACAACAACGCAACAUGCAGAAGUCUCUCGAGGGGGAGAUCGAGAAGGCCUCUGCUGAGGAAGAGCGCCUCAGCCAAGAAAUUCUUCAGCUCCAGGCCAAGGUUCACGAUUCGUCAUCAUCGGCGCCGGGAGAACUGGUGACAGCUCGCCGAACCAUUCGCGAACUUGAGCGCCGCAUUGCAGAGCUUGAGACACAGAAGGCCACUUCUUCUUUGUUCCCUAACCUUGGCGGAGCUGAAGGCAAUCACGAAAUUUCCCUCCUCCAGCGUGACCUUACUGCUGCAAGGAAGAAGGAGAUUGAGCUUCUUCAACGCGAGGCCGCCCAAAAAGAGACCAUCAAGUUGCUCAAGCGACAGAUCGCCGAGCUGGAGCGCAGGGUCCACGAAGCCACAAUCAGCAAGCUUGCAGUAUCUCCUUUAUCCUCCCACGGCGGCUCCGCCCAGAAGAACGAGAUCUCGGAACUUCGGCACCAACUGACCACAGCCCACCAGUCUAUUUACGACUUGAAGAAAGCCCUCCGCGAAGCUGAGCGCAAGGCCAGUGCUUCCGCGGAAGAGAUUCAACGGCAGUUUGAAGAUCUUGAAGACGAGAAGAUGGAGCUCGAGCAGCUUCUUGACGAAGCGCAAAUUGCCGCCGAAGAGGCCCAACAGGCACAUGAACAGGCUCUCAAGAAAUACAAAGAGCGGGGCGAGAAGUACAAGCGCGAACGCAAUGAGCUCGUGGCAGCUUCCCUUGAAGACCAGAAGCAGCGGGCUAAUAAGCUUGGCAAGCACCACGCAGCUGAUCUCGACAACAGCCUCCUAAGCGACAUGUCUAUGUCACUCGAAGAGCGUCGCGACCUGCAUGGCAUGCUGAAGGAGUCACAACUUGCUGCCGAUAAGCUCGACCGCGAGGUGAGGGAGCAGCGUGAGGCACUCGAGGAGAUGAUGGCCAUUGAGGUCGCGUUGCGCAAGAAGCUCGAGCGGGCGCGAAGCGAACGAGCUGCAUACAGGGCUAGUGCGGAGAGGCUACACCGAGAUGUCAAGACGCUUACAUAUGAAAAGGAGAAGGCUGUCAGAGAGGCUGAGAUGGUGGUCAAUGAGGCUGUUGAGGAGAUCGCAAAGGCUAAGGGCCACGAUCUAAAGGCACUGGUGUACACCCGGUCCAAGGCUAAGAUUGCUGAUGGAGCGUUUGACGCGGACACGGAAGCUAUCAUCCGCGCGGCUGAGGCGGCGGAGAGGAGGCACGAGAAGGAGAUCAGAGGAUUGGUAAUGCAAAUGGAGUGGAUGAAGGCAUGCUGGGAUCGCGAAGCAAGGUUGAGAAAGGAUGCAGCGUUCGCCAAGAGGUAUCUGACGUUGGAGGUUCAGAUCCGCGAUGCUUGCAACAAGGCAGAUCUAGCAAUCAUCAACCGGAUCCGCGCCGAACUGAGCACCAACAACAACCCUACAUCCCGCAAAGCCCUCGGCCAACUGUCUUCCGUCAAGAAGACCCAACAGCACCACGGCCUUCUCUCACCCCCGCUGAGCUCGAAGAAACAACAACCAAGACCUGCCCCGAGCAAGCUCCUCAAGAAGGCACUCACAGCUGUUCGGUUCAUCGUCCGGAUGCGAAUCGAGGCCAAGAAGUUUGCCGAGAACGACAAAGUGCGCCAGCGCCUUGCCGAUUGUGUGGAGGAGAUGGAGCGCGAAGAUCGUAUCCGUCAAAUGCGCGAUCAGUGGAGGGCGAAUCAGGCCGGGCCCUCAGGUUCUGGGGGGAAAGGUGGCAAGGGCGGUAGCCAUGUCCAUGAAAUUCUAGGGAAGGGCAAAGGGAAACAGAAGAGUAGUGGCAGCAGUAGCAGACGGGAUCUCUUGAUGAUGAGAGGGGGUGCUAUUUGA